UUGUGAUCGUUGCGAUAUAAAACAAACGUCGAACCAAGUAAAAAUUUGCUGGAGCUACACGUAGUCGGCUUGAAGAUACCGAAUGCGCGUAAAAUGACGUUGACAUUACAAUUGUUUGUUUAACGUGUUUGCAUGGUGGAGGCGGGAGGGUGGAGAAAUGGUCACGGUUCAUGAGGAGUGGAGGAAGUAAUCUAACAAAAUUCUUCCCACUCGUACAUUGGUCUUUUUUUGUUCCAAACCAACAGCAAUGCACUCUUUUGGGAAACUUGAACUGGUGUCUUGCAAAUUUCGUAUUUAGGGGUUAGACAUGAAGCCAAUUUCGUGGCUUUGCAUUUACUGUACAAGUUCUCUUACGAAAUAUUUUAUUUAGAACAUUUAUUUAUGUUUAUAAUCAAUAAAAAAUGUGUAAGUUCUUGCCAUAUUUCGAAAACAAGUCUCGAGAAAGCGUCACAAACUAUUGUAUAUAUAUUCAACUAAGAAACUAAACGAUAUACAAGGGAGACACCAUGACCACAAUGCCUUUCAAGUUUUUCAAAAUCUUUAUCAUCAUCGGAAUUUCGUUGUUCGUUACCUGUUGUAUCCUUACGUACUUGAUGCUUGCUGAUCCUACACUCUCUCCAAAAGGACAACUCUCUAAACUUUCCGUUGAAAACAACGAGUGGCUCCACUUUGAAAAUAGACUGGCAAAGCUAGAGGAGGAUUUAAACCGCCACCAUAAAGUGUUAUCUGCUAUAAAAGCAGCUUCAGGAACUGUGCAUGAUGCAAUAUCAAAACAAGCUGGAAAACUGACCAAUCGUUCGCAAUUGCACAGCCAUUCAAAUCUGAAAGAACUUCCAACAUGCAGUUUCGACAUAGAAAAAGUACCCCAAGUAAAAAUUCAGAUGUUAGAUGUUUACAAGGAACUGGAAUUUGACAAUACCGACGGAGGGGUAUGGAAGCAGGGUUAUGGAAUAUCGUACGACAAAAAACAGUGGAGCCCCUCAAGAAAACUGCAAGUAUUUGUAGUACCGCAUUCCCACAAUGAUCCUGGGUGGUUGAAUACCUUUGAAAACUAUUAUGCCACUCAGACGCAAAGGAUUCUCAAUAAUAUGUUGACCAAGUUGGCUGAAGACAGAAGACGCAAAUUCAUAUGGGCAGAAAUAUCAUUUUUCAAAAUGUGGUGGGACGAGCAGCCUGCUCCUAAUCGCGAUCUUGUUAAACGUCUGAUUCUCGAUGGGCAAUUAGAGAUUGUUGCUGGUGGUUGGGUAAUGCCCGACGAGGCUGUUUCUCAUUGGAUCGCACAAUUGACCCAAUUGACUCAGGGUCAUCAAUGGCUUAAAACGAAUUUGGACUAUGUACCAACUUCCGGUUGGGCAAUUGAUCCUUUUGGACUUUCACCUACGAUGCCUUAUCUCUUGAAAGGCGCCGGUCUCGAAAAUGUCCUCAUACAAAGAGUUCAUUACUCCGUUAAAAAGCAUUUCGCCAGAGAGAAAAAUUUGGAAUUUCGAUGGCGCCAAUUGUGGGACAACGACGGUUCCACUGAAAUUUUGACGCAUAUGAUGCCGUUCUACAGCUACGACGUUCCCCACACUUGUGGCCCUGAUCCAAAAGUAUGUUGUCAAUUUGAUUUCUUCCGGUUAUCGAGUUUUGGUCUGACCUGCCCCUGGAAAGUCGCGCCACAAGUUAUAACGCGAGGCAACAUCGAUAAACGUGCUUUAUUACUUUUGGAUCAAUAUAGAAAAAAAUCACAAUUAUUCAAAAGCAACGUCGUUCUUGUACCCCUUGGAGAUGAUUUUAGAUACUCUCAGAGCACCGAAUGGGACGCUCAGUAUGGCAACUAUCAAAAACUCUUCGAUCAUAUGAAUCUCAACGAACAAUACAAUGUACGCAUACAAUUUGGUACGCUUACCGAUUAUUUUAAUGCUUUGAGAGAUGAGAAAAAAAAUAUCGAGGAAUUCCCCACUUUGUCCGGUGAUUUCUUCACUUACGCGGACAGGGACGAUCAUUAUUGGAGCGGAUAUUACACUUCAAGACCAUUCCAUAAACGUUUGGACCGAGUUUUGUUAGGUACUUUGAGAGCAGCUGAGAUAAUUGCAGCCAUAGGAUGGGCGCGAGGACACGAGCAUCUGACAGAAGGAACCAACGAGGAGAAAAUUGAUGAGGCGAGACGUUGGCACUCGUUGUUUCAGCAUCACGACGGCGUCACGGGAACGGCACGUGACAACGUAGUUAUUGAUUAUGCACAAAAAAUGAUAGUGGCAUUAAAAAAUUCUGGUCAUAUAAUACAACAAUCGGUAGCUCAUUUGUUGAGAAGUCCUCAAGGACCCCGAUUAGAUGGAAAUUCUCAAUACUUCGUAAUGGACGAAAAGCGAUCUUAUCAUACGAGUAUCGGCGAACGAUACACUAUUGAGUUUGGUGAUGAUAGUAAAACACAAAAAAUCAUUAUUUACAAUCCUAUGCCGAGGCAGCGGACAAAAGUUCACACGUUUAUGGUUUCAACGCCUUACGUGCGAGUUACCGAUCGAAUGGGCCAAUCCGUACAUUCUCAAAUAUCCCCUGUUUGGAUCGGACCUACAGCAUUAUCGUCUAUGAGAUACGAACUUUCGUUUCUCGUCACCGUGCCUGGUUUCGGCAUCUCGACUUAUUUGAUACAUCCGCAUCAUGGAACGAAAUUACCUGACGGAGUUUAUUACGCCAACGUGACGCUUUACAAUGUCGCAACCGCGCCAUCGCCGGUAUUGGGAUUUGCACAUAUGCAAAUUGUAAAAACUACCCAAGAAUUUUCGAUUGGCGAUCGAUCGAAGAUUUCUGCGUCUUUUGGCAACUCAGGACUUUUGAAAGCAUUGCGGGUCGGUAACACGACGUUUCCAGUUCACCUGGAGUUCGUGAAAUACGGGACUCGAGGAAAACACCAGGACCGAAGCGGUGCCUACUUGUUUUUACCCGACAAACCAGAACCGGAUGCGAUAUACGCUGACACCGAGAGGGUUGUACACCUCGUCACCGGGCCGAUUUUGUCGAGAGUUUUCGUCGAAUUACCGAAUGUACGUCACACUUGCACUCUCUUCAAUUCACCGGGAAGCGACGGUCUCGGAUUGCAAAUACAAAACGAGGUUGAUAUCGCGGAUACGCAGAAUUUCGAACUCGCAAUGAGAUUCAACACUGACAUUGCGUCGGGUAAUGAAUUUUUCACGGAUUUGAACGGUCUCAACAUGAUUCGACGACAACGGUUCGCUAAAUUACCUACUCAAGCGAAUUACUACCCUCUCGCCUCCGCUGGUUACAUCGAGGACAAACGAGUUAGAAUGACUGUGGCGACUGCACAACCAUUGGGGGCUGCAUCCAUGGCUUCGGGACAAUUUGAAAUAAUGCAAGAUAGACGACUUCUUCAAGAUGACAACAGAGGUUUGAGUCAGGGCGUGACGGACAAUUUAUUGACGAACCACGUGUUCACUGUUAUCUUAGAGAAAAAACGUGAACAAUGUGAAGCGUCGAGACCAGCGCCGAAUCAUCCGGCUGGAAUGCUUUCACUAGGUGGUCAUUUGGUCUCGGAAGAAUUGUUACAUCCAACAAUUGCUCUUCAUCCACAAUUGGCGUCGUCGUUCGAUUUAAAUGCAAAUUUUGUGCCUCUGCGCGUGGAUCUUCCAGUCGAUAUGGCAGUAAUAAGUUUACGUGUAUUUCCGGUGCCCGAAGGGGCCGGCAAAGGUAUCGGCAUGGUUUUGCAUCGUCAAGCAAUCGAUCUUUGCUGGGGAGAGGAUACGACAAUGAAAAGCUUCACAGUUUCGAAGAACGGUGAAAUAAGCUUGACCAAGUUUUUGAGCUUCACGGAAGAUUGGACAAUAAGCGAAGCUCCGUUGACCUUCCACACCGUUGGACCAUCGAUCAAAUCAUCGAUAAUCAACAUCUGUCCCCAUCAAAUAUCCUCCAUACUCUUUCACAAAACACAGUCUUAGGGAGCUUAUGAAAUCUGUCACAACUUCUCGAUACUUGUAGCAUUCCGUGAGGAUGAUAGUUGUUUUUUACUCAGGAUUACAUAAUGCCGAUUCUCCGAUUCCGGUGGGCUUGUUUUGUCCAAUUUGUAACUGCAAAACAGUAUUAGUCAAGCUACGGCAGUUGUUUUACCAAAAAUAAAAACUAAAAUUCAAAGACUGUUUUGAAUAUGAACCGGAGGAAAAAAAAUGUGUACAAGCGAAUGGCUCGAUGAAAAAAAUGGUUGUGCAUUAUGUGAAAAUAAUUGAGUUUUAAUAGUUAAUACGCGUAAUUUUUACUGACCUUGCUUAAUAAAAUAAAAGUUGAAUAUUAAUUGGUAAA